UCUUCCCAAUUGUUUGUGGGCCGAGCCACGGGCUAACAGGUUUCAGUCAGCCCGCUCUCGAUUUUCCAACUCUGAAUUUCAAACUCCGUCAGCUGUUACACAUUCCUCUUAUUUUCUAUCCAUUUCAAGUUCUUGUUCCCACCGCCGGCCGUCCGAUCGCAGUCCGAUCAGACCUGUAUCAAAUACAAUUACUCACAAAGAGAUAGAUAUACAUACAUCGAUACAUACAGUGAUACAUACAUAAAUGUCGAUGGGCAGCGACACGACAUGGGUGGGAAAGAAACCACUGAAGCGAGUGGGAGGCAUGUCCGAUGCCCUCUCAAUUGCCGCCGAUCUCGGAUUCUCCGUCCCCCCUCCACCUUCACAGGAAGAUAUUCAAAUUUUAUCUGCCGGUACUGGUGGAAAAGGGGAUGACUUGGUAAGGAUUUUAAGAGAAUUAACUUCUGUACAAAGAAAAAUUGCAGAUUUGCAAGUGGAACUUCAGGGCCGGAAGGAGGACAAGAAUGUAGCUCAUCUGACUCACGUGAGUGAAAUGGAAAAGAAGAUUGAGACUUUGGCUCGGAUCACGACUAUUUUAAAAGAUGUUAUUCAGAAUAAGGAUAGGAUUAUAGCUCGCCUCCAACAACCUUAUUCAUUAGACUGCAUUCCUGUGGAAGCAGAAUAUCAGAAACAAUUUUCGGAGUUAUUAAUGAAAGCAGCAAGUGAUUAUGGUGCCUUGACAGCUUCCGUGGCUGAUUUUCAAUGGAGUCAGAACUUUAAAGAACCGCCUACAGUAUGGGGGGAAAUGCUCCGUCCAAUUCCUGUUGCUUUAGCAUCAUGCACUCGAUUCUUUGAAGCCAUGACUGCAAUGAGAGAGUCAUUUGCCAAACUUCAAACUCUGAGAGUUGGCCAUUCCUCUGAAAGAGUGCAAGGAGAUUCCAACUGUGUAACUCCUCCACCUUGGAGGAAUGAAUCAAACUUUGAUGAUUUAGCCAUUGGGAGCGCGAGAAGGCAAGAAAGCAAGCAGCUAGAAGGGGAUGAACCAGGUAACGAAGUUGGGGACUCGAAUCUGGUUGAUAGCACAAGUUUCAGGAGACUGUCCUGGCCUCCUUCAGUGAAGAAAAAUGGACUAUAAAACUCCUUCGUUAAUUUGCCGCAAAGAGAUGAAAAAUAGAAAAUGAAAAUUGUUUGCCGUAUUUCAACAAUGAUACGAGUAUUUGUGGAAAUCUUGGUGUGGGUAUUUGUUGUAAUUACAUUUCUCCGGAUAUUAUAUCGACUUGUUUAAUUUUCAUUUUACUUGUCUUAGUGGUUGAAGUUAUAUGCUAGUUCCAUUUAUUGGUC